UCACCCCGCGCCUCUCUCCUGCCCGCUUUUGUCUCCCACAGGCUGUUGCACUUGCUGCUUCUCUGCCUCCAAGCCCAGGUAAGGAGCGCUGCGCAGAGGCGGGGGCCGGGCGCGGGGGACCCAGCUGACACUGUCGGGCAGGGACACGAGGACCGACCCUUCGGCCAGCGCAGCAGGGCUGGAAAGAACCUUACCAACCCAGCCCCAAACUACCCCGAGGAGGGAUCUAAGGAACAGAGAGACAGUGUCCUGCCUAAAGUCACACAGCGAGUAACUGUUCAGUCCUCACCUAAUUUUACACAGCAUGUGAGGGAGCAGAGCCUGGUGACGGAUCAACUCAGCCGCCGCCUCAUCCGGACCUACCAGCUCUACAGCCGCACCAGCGGGAAGCACGUGCAGGUCCUGGCCAACAAGCGCAUCAACGCCAUGGCAGAAGACGGAGACCCGUUCGCAAAGCUCAUUGUGGAGACGGACACUUUUGGAAGUAGAGUUCGAGUCCGUGGAGCAGAGACAGGUCUCUACAUCUGCAUGAACAAGAAGGGGAAGCUAAUUGCCAAGAGCAACGGCAAAGGCAAGGACUGCGUGUUCACCGAGAUCGUGCUGGAGAACAACUACACGGCGCUGCAGAACGCCAAGUACGAGGGCUGGUACAUGGCCUUUACCCGCAAGGGCCGGCCCCGCAAGGGCUCCAAGACGCGCCAGCACCAGCGCGAGGUGCACUUCAUGAAGCGCCUGCCGCGGGGCCACCACACCACCGAGCAGAGUCUGCGCUUCGAGUUCCUCAACUACCCGCCCUUCACGCGCAGCCUGCGGGGCAGCCAGAGGACUUGGGCCCCGGAGCCCCGAUAGGCACCCUCCCGGCCCCUCCCUGCUCCGCCGGCCGCGGACUCCAGCGAGAGAUCAACCGGCCGGCGCCACUGCGAAGGGGAGGAGCUGGGGAGCUGCCUUCUAGUUGUGGAUAUUGUUUGCUGUUGGGUUUUGUUUUCGUUUUUUAACAAAAGAGAGGUUCUAUUUUUGUAUUC